GCAGGUGGGGCCGCCGCGGAACUCCAGGUCCGGCCCAGGGCAGGGGGCGGGGGCGAGAGGGAAGUGGGCGGGAGCCGGGGGCAGAGUGGCCAGAGUCGCUGGCGGCCGCGGGGUUCUGGGCUGGUGGGAGCCCACGCGGGCCGGGCCGGGAUGAGCAAUGGCAUCGGUCAAGGUGGCCGUGAGGGUCCGGCCCAUGAAUCGCAGGGAAAGGGACUUGGAGGCCAAGUUCAUUAUUCAGAUGGAGAAAAGCAAAACAACAAUCACAAACUUAAAGAUACCAGAAGGAGGGACUGGGGACUCAGGAAGAGAACGGACCAAGACCUUCACCUAUGACUUUUCUUUUUAUUCUGCUGAUACAAAAAGUCCAGAUUAUGUUUCACAAGAAAUGGUUUUCAAAACCCUUGGCACAGAUGUCGUGAAAUCUGCAUUUGAAGGUUACAAUGCUUGUGUCUUUGCAUAUGGGCAAACUGGAUCUGGAAAAUCCUACACGAUGAUGGGAAAUUCUGGCGAUUCUGGCUUAAUACCUCGGAUCUGUGAAGGGCUCUUCAGUCGGAUCAAUGAAACCACCAGAUGGGAUGAAGCAUCUUUUCGAACUGAAGUCAGCUACUUAGAAAUUUAUAACGAACGUGUGAGAGAUCUACUUAGGCGGAAGUCAUCUAAAACCUUCAAUUUAAGAGUCCGUGAGCAUCCCAAAGAAGGACCUUAUGUUGAGGAUUUAUCCAAACAUUUAGUACAGAAUUACGGUGACGUAGAAGAACUUAUGGAUGCAGGAAAUAUCAACCGUACCACGGCAGCCACUGGGAUGAACGACGUCAGUAGCAGGUCUCACGCCAUCUUCACCAUCAAGUUCACUCAGGCAAAAUUUGAUUCCGAAAUGCCAUGUGAAACUGUGAGUAAGAUCCACUUAGUGGAUCUUGCUGGAAGCGAGCGUGCAGAUGCCACCGGAGCCACCGGCGUUAGGCUUAAGGAGGGGGGGAACAUUAACAAGUCCCUCGUGACUCUGGGCAACGUCAUCUCUGCCUUAGCCGAUUUAUCUCAGGAUGCAGCAAAUCCUCUUGUAAAGAAGAAGCAGGUUUUUGUGCCUUACAGGGAUUCUGUUUUGACAUGGUUGUUAAAAGAUAGCCUUGGAGGAAACUCUAAAACUAUCAUGAUUGCCACCAUUUCACCUGCUGAUGUCAAUUAUGGAGAAACCCUAAGUACUCUUCGCUAUGCAAAUAGAGCCAAAAACAUCAUCAACAAGCCUACCAUUAAUGAGGACGCCAACGUCAAGCUCAUCCGUGAGCUGCGAGCCGAAAUAGCCAGGCUGAAAACGCUGCUCGCUCAGGGGAAUCAGAUUGCCCUCUUGGACUCCCCCACAGCUUUAAGUAUGGAGGAAAAACUUCAGCAGAAUGAAGCAAGGGUUCAAGAAUUGACCAAGGAAUGGACAAAUAAGUGGAAUGAAACCCAAAAUAUUUUGAAAGAGCAAACUCUGGCCCUUAGGAAAGAAGGGAUUGGAGUUGUUUUGGAUUCUGAACUGCCACAUUUGAUUGGCAUUGAUGAUGACCUUCUGAGCACUGGGAUCAUCUUAUAUCACUUGAAGGAAGGUCAGACGUAUGUUGGUAGAGAAGAUGCUUCAACAGAGCAAGAUAUUGUUCUUCAUGGCCUUGACUUGGAGAGUGAGCACUGUGUCUUUGAAAAUGUCGGGGGGACAGUGACUCUGAUACCCCUGAGUGGGUCUCAGUGUUCCGUGAAUGGUGUUCAGAUCAUGGAGGCCACACAUCUCAAUCAAGGUGCUGUGAUACUCUUGGGAAGAACCAAUAUGUUUCGCUUUAACCAUCCAAAGGAAGCUGCCAAGCUCAGGGAGAAGAGGAAGAGUGGCCUUCUGUCCUCCUUCAGCCUGUCCAUGACCGACCUCUCCAAGUCCUGCGAGAACCUGUCCGCGGUCAUGUUGUAUAACCCCGGCCUUUUCCCUAUAAAAGGACCCAUCUGUCUAAGACUUGAAUUUGAGAGGCAACAGCGUGAAGAACUUGAAAAAUUAGAAAGUAAAAGGAAACUCAUCGAAGAAAUGGAGGAAAAGCAGAAGUCGGACAAGGCGGAGCUGGAGCGGAUGCAGCAGGAGGUGGAGACGCAGCGCAAGGAGACGGAAAUCGUGCAGCUGCAGAUCCGCAAGCAGGAGGAGAGCCUCAAACGCCGGAGCUUCCACAUCGAGAACAAGCUGAAGGACCUGCUGGCCGAGAAGGAAAAGUUUGAAGAGGAGAGGCUGCGGGAGCAGCAGGAGAUCGAGCUGCAGAAGAAGAGGCAGGAAGAAGAGAGCUUUCUCCGCAUCCAGGAAGAGCUUCAGCGGCUCCGAGAACUCAACGACAACGAGAAGGCCGAGAAGAUUCAGAUAUUCCAGGAGCUGGACCGGCUCCAAAGGGAAAAAGACGCGCAGUGUGCCAAGCUUGAACUGGAAAAGAAGAGGCUGGAGGAGCAGGAGAAGGAGCAGGUGGUGCUGGUGGCCCACCUGGAGGAGCAGCUCCGGGAGAAGCAGGAGAUGAUCCGGCUGCUGCGGCGCGGGGAGGUGCGGCGCGUGCAGGAGGAGAAGCGGGCCCUGGAGGGCAUCCGCGAGGCGCUGCUGCGCGUGAAGGAGGCCGGCGCCGGCGGGGACGAAGACGGCGAGGAGUUCGAGAAGGCUCAGCUGCAUUUCUUCGAGUUCAAAAGAAGGCAGCUGGUCAAGCUUGCGAGCUUGGAGAAGGACCUGGUUCAGCAGAAAGACCUCCUGAGAAAAGAAAUCGAAGAAGAGCAGGAGAUCCUAGAGCAAUUAAAAUGUGACAACGACGAAGAGUCGAGGUUAUUGGGAAAACAGGAUGAGAGCGUCGCCACGGUCACCCGGGUGGCUCCAGAGUUGGAGACGAUAAAGCCAGCGGAGCACAGGCUGCAAUAUAAGGAACGGCAGCUACAGUACCUCCUGCAAAGCCAUCUGCCAGCUCUGUUGGGAGAAAAGCAGAGAGCGUGUGAAAUCCUCGACGGAGGCCCCCUCAGUUUAGACAACACUCUUUAUCAAGUUGAAAAGGAAAUCGAAGAGAAAGAAGAACAGCUUGCGCAGUACCAAGCCAACGCUAGCCAGCUGCAGAAGCUCCAAGCCACCUUUGAAUUCACCGCCAACAUCGCGCGCCAGGAGGAGAAAGUGAGGAAGAAGGAAAAGGAGAUUCUGGAAUCCCGGGAGAAGCAGCAGCGGGAGGCGCUGGAGCGGGCGGUGGCCAGGCUGGAGAGGAGGCAUUCGGCCCUGCAGCGGCGCUCCACCCUGGGCCUGGAGAUCGAGGAGCAGAGGCAGAAGCUCGCCACUCUGCACAGCAGCAGCGGGGAGCGGUCGGGGCUCCGGGCCAGCCUGGAGGCUGAGCAGGAAGCCCUGGAGAAGGACCGGGAGAGGUUAGAGCAUGAAAUCCAGCAGCUGAAGCAGAAGAUUUGUGAGGUCGAUGGUGUUCAGAAAGGUCACCAUGGGACCCUGGAGGAGAAGGCUGCUUCUUCUACCUUGCCAUUCAGUGCCGAAAAAUCUCACCUGGGCCCCCUGAUGGACGCCAGGAUCAACGCCUACAUCGAAGAAGAAGUCCAAAGACGUCUUCAGGAUUUGCAUCGGGUGAUGGAUGAAGACAGCAAUACAUCCACAGAUAUAGUGAAGGAUAAUGAGAAACUCCACAAUGGCACCAUUCAACGUAAGCUAAAAUAUGAGAAAAGCCAGUCUUGCCCGGCACAGCGUCUUGCCCCGCUUCUGCCCAGAUUUGCCACUGACACUUCCAGCACCACUAGAGAGGAGGGGAGGAAGGUGCAUGGGAACAACCGCUGGAGUCAUCCCAUGACACGGAGCAUUGCAGGCCCUAAAACUUCUUCCUCAGCAUCACAAGAGAGGACCCACCAGCGAAGGGAUCAGUCCUCAGUGCCUGCAGUGUUGCAGGACAGUGGUUGCAAAUAUCAUUGUCCUGAGUGUGCUGGCCAUUUUGAACCAAAACGUUUUAAUCUACCUAAAAUCUCAUCUCUUAUUGAAAGCUGUAGCAGUGAUGCAGAAGAUUUUCAGGAUAAGUCAGCGAGUUUCACUGAGCUGAUGACUCACAAAGACGAACACUUAGAAAUUCAGUCCAGCUGGACUUUGCUGCAGUGCACAUCCCAAGAAGUUUCUGUAAACGGUGGCAGCCGGCAGGCCAGGCAAAGCCAGGUGCUCUCCUUUGUUCUCUCUGAAAGCGUUUCUCGUGAGGCGAGUGCAUCUGGCAAUGUUCCUCCAGGUGGACCAGCCUCUGAGUUUUGUAGUGAGCUGCAAGAUGAGGAAGAGUUAGCUGCUAAAAAGGUUAGCUCUUCAGAGUCACUGAUAAAUACCAGGACAGAAGGAAACAAUGGACUGGGAUAUUUUUACCACAAGUUCUCAGAUCUUUAUAAAGACACCAGCAGUCACCUGCUCCAGGCUGGCACAAAGGUGCUCAGCCAUGCCAGGUUCAUGGGCAGCCUUUGUGCCCCAAGCAGGCUCACCUCCCAUGUGACAACGUUCAUCAGAAGAAUGCCAUUUCUGCAGCCCUUAGCGCUGGAUGUGCCCUUGAAGUCCCACGUGCAGUCAGCAGAACCUCAUUCUUUUCCUGAAGCUCAUGCUGGUGGCAGCAAAAGCCGAGAGGCAAGGGGACCUAGGCCUGCAGAGAGUGCCAGGCCUUACACGCCCUCUGCCUUUGCAGCUGCAGGUUUACCAGGUUCCUCGCCAAGCUCAGUUUUCCGCCUUGAAUAUGAAGAUGCUAGAAAGAGCUCGGCAUUUAAGCAGACCCUCGUGCAAUUCCCAGAGCAAAUGCUGCAACUUCAAGAGUGCCCUUUAGAAGAUCUUCUUGAGCAUGUAACUUGUUCUCUACCAGAACCUUUGGGCAACACGAACGAAGUCAAUGGCAUUUACUGGCUUGCUGUUGCUAACUGCCCAGAACCUGACCCCCAGCCAGCAUGUUUGCUGCUGCUUCGGUCAACGUUGUAUGCUUUGGUCCUGUCAGAUACUCACUCUGGCUCAAUGAGCAUUUUUCAUGCUCUGCCUCUCUCGGGACUGCGGGAGAUUGAGAUUGGCUUUGGCGGACAGAGCAUUCGAUUCCUGAGCUCUGCAGAGCAUCUUCUACUCACUGUAUUCACUUACAACAAAACCCUCACUCAACAGCUAUGUCAUGACCUCCUGUGUGUCCUGAUGCCCGAGUCUGAUGCCGCUGCCUAUGCUAGUCAUCCUUUGCUCCAGCAAGACCUGGUUCAGCUGUCUCUUGAUUGGAAAGCAGAAAUCCCUGGUUUAGUUUUGGCAAACGGAGUUCAGUUGUCAUCCAAAUUCCAGACCACCUUGGUUGAUAUGAUUUACUUUCUUCAUGGAAAUAUGGAAGUCAACGUCCCCUCUCUGGCAGAGGUUCAGUUACUGCUGUACACAACAGUGAGGGUCCAGGGUGCGUCUGGCCAUGACCAGUGGCAGUCACUAGUCCUUCUGAACACCCACAUCGCGCUGGUGAGGGAAGAUCGUGUUUUUUUCCCACGCACUCGGUCUCUAAACUUACCUCCUCCACGUGCACAAUUUGACGUGAUCAGAUGCCGUGCUUUAAGUGAAUUCAGGUGUGUUGUUGUUGCAGCGAAGAAAAAUUUAUCAACAAUAGAACUUGUCUUCUUACAAAAACUCAAACUUGCAUCGGAUUCAAGGGAGAGUUCAUCUGAGCACUUUCAAGAAGCACCACGUGUCCAGUUAUUCACCAACCCGUUGUGUCUUCAAGGUAGUCAGAAUAUAGCACCCGAGGUCUGGAAACUAACUUUCAGUUCUCAAGAUGAGGCUCUAUGGCUAAUCUCACAUUUGACAAGACUCUAGGGAGGAGACUUUUAAAGAUGCACUGCAUAUUAUUUGAGAUCAUUAAUAAAAUACACAUUAUAAAACCAGUCAAAGGAAUGUGAAUAUCUCCAUGUAGCUAAUUGAAUUGGAACUGGAAAAAUGCAUACCUCUAAAAUUGAAAAUGUAAAUAAUUUAAAUAUCUAGAAUAAAAUAAAAAUAGCUGAUAGCAGAGCACUGAUAAAAUAUCUUUAUCACCACCUUGCUUCAUUUUCUUGAAACUCAGGCUUGCAAAUUUGUGUCCUCCUCAUUAUUGGUGAGAUGAUUAAAGAAUUUCUAAUUGUU